UCUUCUUCUUCUUGUAAGUGCAAAUACGUAAUUAUUAUUCAUAGUUGCGUGGUAAGCGCAGAGGUAUAUUUUGUCAUUAUAAUGAGUCAUUCAGUUUAGGACUAAAGUACUUUUUUAUACUUGAAGUAGGCAGUUACAAGCGUCCUUGAGAAAGAAAAAUAAAUAAAGAAACAAAACUAACAAAAGACAGACGGAAAUUCAUGAAAUCAAAUCCAACAAAAAUAUUGAGUCAAGCGAAACUGUUUAAGUUGAUGUGAGAAGUUAUUUUGAAAUAUAAUAAAAAUUGAAAGCGAAAAAAUAUUUGUGAAUAAUAAGAUAGUAGAAGUAAACAGAGAUCUUAAUUUAUUGUAAGUUUCGUAUUAAUUUUUUUUUGUUUUGUUGUUGAGGUAAAUAGAAAUGACAGCAGUAGAUCCAGCAUUUGAAGGCGUUGGUCAGCAAGCAGGAAUAGACAUAUGGAGAAUUGAAAAUUUUGAAGUGAAAUCUGUUCCGAGUGCAGAGUACGGAAAUUUUUAUACUGGGGAUGCCUACAUUAUUUUAAAGACAUCAGAAGAGGGACAACGGUUGGAAUGGAAUAUUCAUUUUUGGAUUGGAGAAGAAUCCUCUCAGGAUGAAUUUGGAACUGCGGCUAUUAAGAGUGUUGAGUUGGACGAUUCACUGGGAGGAAGUCCUGUGCAGCACAGGGAAGUGCAGAAUCACGAAUCCAGUCUCUUCCUCUCCUAUUUCAAAAAAGGAAUCAGGUAUUUGCAAGGAGGUGUGAAGUCUGGAUUCCAUCAUGUUGUGGAUGUUCCAGUUCAACGAUUGCUGCGUGUGAAGGGAAGGAGGAAUGUUCGAUUACACCAAGUACCUGUUGCAGUUUCCUCACUCAAUAAUGGGGACUGCUUCAUAUUCGACAAUGGUCCAACCAUCUUUGUUUUUGUCGGUCACCAGAGUGGUCGUAUGGAACGCAUCAAGGCCAUCCAGGCCGCCAAUGCCAUUCGUGACGACAUCCAUUGUGGUCGGAGCAUCGUCAAAAUCAUCGAUGAUAAUGAUGAAGCGUCAGAAUUCUUUGAGCAAUUAGGAGGUGGAAGUAUGACUGACGUUGCUGAAGCUGUAGCGGAUGAUGAUGAUUUUGUAACCAAUUUUGAUAGUAAAGUAGGCCUAUACAGAGUUUCAGAAGACGAAUGUGGUGAACUUCAAGUUGAAUGCAUAGCCUAUCAGCCAUUGAAACAGGAAUAUUUAAAUAACGAUCAGGAUUGUUUUCUGUUGGAUGGUGGAAUGAACGGUUUAUUUGUCUGGAUUGGAAAAGAAUCGAGUCGCCAGGAGAGAGUUGGAGCCAUGAACUUUGCUCAUAAAUAUAUUGAAAAGAAGAGUUAUCCCAAUUAUCUUCCUAUUCAAAGAAUCGUCCACGAAGCUGAAACUCCUGAAUUUAAGUCCUAUUUCUCAGUGUGGAGGGAACCAACCUUUGAAAGAGAGAAAUCGCUUACAGAUGGUGCGACUGAUUAUGAAAAUGCAAAACACCGACUGCUAUCCAAAAGUGCUGGAAAAGCUUUGAGUUUUAUGCCUGACGACGGGUCGGGGGAAGUCGAGAUAUGGAGAGUGGAUAAUUUUGAUAUUGUGCCUGUUGAAUCGUCUCAAAAAGGAAUAUUUUUUGGUGGUGAUUGUUACAUAGUAAAAUACAUGUGCACAAAUUCUUCACCACAUUGUAUCUUGUAUUUUUGGCUUGGUCAAUCAAGCACUCAAGAUGAAAGGGCGACUGCUGCAAUAAUGACUGUCAGAAUGAGUAAUGAUAUGAAUGCAGUACAGAUUCGAGUUGUGCAUGGACAAGAGCCUGAACAUUUUUUACGCAUUUUUAAAGGUCAGAUGGUCAUAAUGUCAGGUGGUCACGCAAGUGGUUUCAAAAAUAUCCACGAUUUCGAUUCGUACGAUGUGGAUGGUACGAGGCUUUUCCAAGUGAGAGGAACGAACCACUACAAUACGCGUGCUGAACAAAUUCCUGAAUCAAGCUGCUCUCUUAACUCCAACGAUGUUUUUAUUUUGGAAACGCCUACUCUCACCUAUUUGUGGAUUGGACAGGACUCGUUUGACGAAGAGCAAGCAAUGGGAAGAAGUAUUAUGAAGAUUGUAUCACCUGAUAGAAAUUUUACUGAAAUAAAAGAGGGUGAAGAGCCGGAAGAAUUUUGGUCACCCUUGGGAGGAAAAGAAGAGUAUCCAAAGUCACGUGAUCUUCCCUCCCGACCCAUCAUCAAACCCAGGCUCUUCAGGCUUUCAAACCGGUCUGGAAAAAUGAAAAUUGAAGAGAUGUGCAAUUUUACUCAAGAGGAUUUGUGUGAAGAUGAUGUCAUGAUUUUAGAUGCAGGAGAUAUUGUUUAUUUGUGGAUCGGAAAGGGAGCAAAUGAAGAGGAAAAGAGUGGAGCAAAUAAAUUAGCUGAGGAUUACAUGUCGUGCGAGCCGAGCGAUCGAAAUUCAGAAAGUAUUUCAAUUGUUACAUUGAAGCAAGGUGUUGAACCAGAAUCCUUUAAAUCAUUCUUUCAGAAUUGGAAUCCCUCUAUGUGGGAGGAUCUUUCUCAACUGCUUUUGCCAAACUGAAGGAUUUAUUUGUAAAUCUCUGCUGCCUUUUCUAUGUCAGUAUUAUUAUACACUUGGCGCUUACUUACAAAAGACGCUCUCUCUGCUGCGCUGUUUUAUUAUUCUAACAGAGUGAAAAGCUUUCCAUUGAGUACCCUUUUUAUUAAAGUGGGUUGAAGAUAGUAUGGAAAAUGAUUUUGCUGCAAUCAUGAUAAAAGUAAACUUUACAGGGUUGCCAUAAAAACCUGAGGAAAUAACGGGGGAUUUUGAUUAUUUCUUUAAAAACUGGAAAAAACCGCGGAAUGUUGUCUUUUAUCUUUCAUCUUUUAAAAAAUGGUAAUCACUCCGAGUGGGAUAUUUAAGGAUGGUAUUUCAGCUCUAUUAAACUAGUUCAUUUACUAUCGCAUUAAAGUAUGUUUCCUUCUUUCAUAAGUUUUUCCAACUAUUAAAAAUACAGGCAAAUGUGAACACCCAAAUAGAGUGAACGAAAUCCCGUGCCUUGCAAUGCAAACAUAAUAUUAUUGUUUGUAGAAGAGAGGAAACUGAACUUUUUUCUCUCUUCCACUGAUUUUUUUCCCCUUCAUUUUUUGGUCAUUUUGAAAUUUCUACAUAAAAUACAUAGACCGAAUUUUAAAACCAUCUAUUGAGUGAUAAGCAUUUUUUUCGUGUUUGCUUCUUCUAUCUCAGCUUCCCAUCUCUAAAUUUUUUGUAUACCCAAGACGAAGAGUCAUAAGAAUAAAAGUGAACACAUUUUUUUGUGACUACUACAUAUUGAUUUUUGUAUUUCUUUUGAAGGGUCAUUUAUUUAAAUGAUGUGUCAUAGAAAGUUCUGAAAGAUGUGUUGAUGUGCAGCACGGAUAGGAGUGAACUCCCGGUUAUAGUGAACCGAAAUUUUCGGUCCCCCCUGAAGGUUCACUGUAGUGGGGUUUGUCUGUAGUAUUAGUUAUCCCAAUACAGCCCAUACAAAAGCUUUCCUCUUGUGUGCGGGUAAAACAAAAGAUUCUCCAGAUUUGAGUGGCAACCUUGUCUUGCCCUGUGAUAGUUUUAACUAGGUUUCUGCAAAAAUUGUUAUUAUUUUUAUUAUUAUUAUAAUAGUAUUUUAUUUUUCUUAACUAUUUUUGAAAUACAAGCAUAUAAGGUACUUAAUGUUGGUGAUAAUUAAAUAGUGAUUUUUACUCUCUCUCACUUUUGAGAUCACAAUUUUAUUUUUGAACAUGAUAUAUUUAUGAAUAAUUUAUUUUGCAUUUGACGCUUAAAAAAAGUAUCAUAAGAAAGUAGAUUAGGAGCGUACCAGAGCAACAUUCCUUACAAAUUUUUUUGAAGAAAAAAAAAAUGCAAAAAAAGCAACCUAUUUUUUUUAUUUCAUUCAUAAAUACAAGGAACUAAAACAAAACAUAAUACACAAGUUCUAAAUUGAAAUUUUAAUUUUGUUUAUGCGUAAAAAAUAAUUAAUUUGUCAUCCGUUUACAAUCCCAAAUGAUCUCGGGCCAAUAAAAAAAGUUAAAUAUGAGUCUUUGUAUAGGUUCAUCAUCUGAAACAUGAUCUGCAUUACUUUUUCUUUCAUUCACAAAUGCCAUUUUUUUAACUCUUUUUUUUUCUAUGCAAGUUCAUCCACCAUCGCGUAUAUACAAUUGUACGAGACACGUCUGCAGUCCCACAAAUAGCAACAAACAAAUUAUUGGCAAACUUCCAAUCACAGCAGAUUAUUUUUUGUUUUGCUUCCGGCCGAAUAAGAACGUGAUAAAACAAAAACGUAUUGGCGAAUUUUGAUAUGCCCGAGUUUAUUCAGGAUAAUAAAUAUUUGUAAUCCAUACAUACCCGAUUUAACUCGAUCUUUCUAUUUAAUUUUCAAAAACAAACCGAUUUUGGACUCUACUUGACGACAUCUUUCAAGACAUAUAAAAUAUAAGAGGAAUUUGACAAAUAUGAUGUUUCAGAUGAUCCACCUUUUUUUCUUUCUUUACAAAGACAAUUCUGUCGUUAUUUAAAAGUUAGUUUAGCGUUACACUCUUGUCAGAUUUUAAACUUUUGAUGAAUGUACGUUUCAUAAAAGAUUUUAGCGUCAUCUGUUUUCAUUCAUUUGAACUAACAAAAUUAAAUUUUGAAAACAGUGAUGACUUUGACCACAAAUUGUAUGAAAAGAAUUCCAAAAUAAAUGCAUGCAAAAAAAUAAUCACCUUUUCUGAAAAGGUGAAUCCUCAAAAGUGUCCAUAAAACUUAAAAUCAAAGAUGGCAAGGUAGUAGACGCAAAGAGAUUUUGCAUUAAUUGAGAACUUUUAUAUUUUUAAAUAACUCAUUAAUAUUUUCAUUGCAUUGAAAUGUAUUUUAUUGAAACAAGACUUCCUUUACAUAUGCAGAGUAUCCGCGCACCUGGAAAGUCAUGAGAAACCAUGGAAAGUCAUGAAUUUCGGUAUUGAUAUCAAAAUUUGUCAUGAAUUUAACUAUUUUUGAAAAAAAAUCACGGAAAGUCAUGGAUUUAGGUUGCCGAAAAUUUUUAUUUUUAUAAUGGAAUCCCUCCCCUAUUUUAUGGUGUUCCGAAUAUUUGAAUUUGUCACAAAAUCCCCACUCACAGUCAUAUUUUAUUAUAAUAUAAAAGGUUUUUAUCAUGUUCUUUAAAAUUAUGGUGUUCUUUCAAAAAAUGAAG